AAAGGCGCUUGUUGUGUUCUAGAAAGAAACAAGUGACAGCAUCAGCGUGAAAAAGAGAAGAUACAUAAACACGGUCUAUAGGCUAAUUCGUCUUUAUGCCUGUAAUGGUUAGCCGGUUUUAAUGGCGUUUUAAUAAAAAACAUUUAUUUAAUUUAUUGGAAAUUAAAGACGUCGGCUUAAGAAACAAUAUGGCCAACAACACGGUGGUGGCUGGGAAUCAACAGCAACAAGCCGUGAAUAAACCGCCAGCUUCGGGGAAACACGGCAACGUCUUGCCUCUGUGGGGCAACGAGAAAACAAUGAACCUGAACCCCAUGAUCCUGACCAACGUCCUCUCUUCGCCCUAUUUCAAAGUGCAGCUGUACGAGCUGAAAACCUACCACGAGGUCGUGGAUGAGAUUUAUUUCAAGGUGACACACGUCGAACCCUGGGAAAAAGGAAGCAGAAAAACCGCAGGCCAGACUGGCAUGUGCGGAGGGGUACGAGGGGUCGGAACUGGAGGCAUCGUUUCCACAGCCUUUUGCCUGCUGUACAAAUUAUUUACACUUAAAUUAACCCGUAAACAAGUAAUGGGUCUCAUUACACACACAGAUUCUCCAUACAUCAGGGCCCUUGGCUUUAUGUAUAUCAGGUACACACAACCUCCUCCGGACCUCCUGGACUGGUUUGAUGCUUUCCUUGAUGAUGAGGAGGAGCUUGAUGUAAAGGCUGGUGGAGGCUGUGUUAUGAAUGUUGGAGAAAUGCUGCACUCUUUCCUCACAAAACUUGAGUGGUUUUCAACACUCUUUCCAAGAAUUCCAGUACCAGUUCAGAAGAUGAUUGACCAGCAAAUGAAAAGCAGACCAAGAAAAAAUGUGAAAAAGGAUGGGAAAGAGGAAGCAGAACAGCCAGAAAAACAUGCAGAACGCAGACGCUCAAGGUCUCCAAAAAGAUCUGACAGUCCUCGAAGAUCUCCAAAACGAUCCAGGAGUCAAAGUCGUCAUAGAGAUGGGCAUGGAUCAACCAACUUUGAUCAGGAACUGGAGAGAGAAAGGGACCGGCAGAGAAAAGAACGUGAGGGAAAAGACAAAGAUAGAGACAGGGUGGAUAAGGAGCGUCACCGCUCUCGAAGCCCCGAGCGAGCAGUGGAACGCAGACGCAGCCGGAGUAAGGACAAGCGCAGAAGCCUUAGCAAGAGCAGGGACAAAAAGAAUGACCGGAAAGAAAAUGAGAAGAGCAAGAAGAAAGAGCGAGACCAUGACAAAGAACGGGGAAGUGAGAGGGACAGAGAGAAAGAAAAAAGCAAAGGAGAUAAUAUAGAAAGAAAUCCUAAAGAUGAAAAGGAAGAAAAGAGACACCGAGAUGACCGUAAAGUUAAAAGGCACAGUAGAAGUCAAAGUAGAGAGCAAAAACACAGAAGCAGAAGCCACAGUAAAAAUGAUGGCAACAAGCGAAGCAGGAGUAAAAGUAAAGAGAGGUCUAAUAAACACAACUCUGAAAAAUCAAACAAGCGCAGGAGUAGAAGCAAAGAGAGGUCUAAUAAACACAAAACUGAAAAAUCAAACAAACGCAGCAGGAGUGGAAGCAAGGGAAGUACAGACGCUAAUGAAAGGUCAAAGAAAAGCAACUGCAGUGAUAGCAAAGAGAGGUUACACAAGCGUAGCAAAAGCACAGAGCGACCUCACAGGAAGGAGCACAGUGAUGGCAAGGACCAUUCAAGCAACCAUGAAUGUAGGAGAAGCCAAAGCACAGAGCGAGCGAAGCGGCUGUGAGGAACCAGAGUUGAUUUUGAAGUAAAAAGUUUGUUUUUAUUAUUUUUUCAAAUCAUCUUGUUAAAUGGAAGUUUAUGCUAAACAAGCAUAGUCAUUCAUAUGUCCCUCAAGUUUGCAUAUUUAAUUUCCUUUAGUAGGCAAGUGCUUUUGUAAUCAUUUUCACUGUCCCUUGUAGACACUGAAUUUAAGUGUGUGUUUUUUGUAUAUAAAGGUUCCAAAAUUAUUGUGUACAUAUGUUCUGAGAAUGUUUUAAUUCCUAUGAAACAACAACCAGGAUGCAUUUGUAUAAGGCAAUACAUUGCCAGAAAUGAUGUGCUCUGUGUUUUGGUUAAUUGCUUUGGUGCAAUUUUUUUUUUCUAAUAAAACUUUUAUUAAAGAGUUGAAAAUGUUUGUGUUGAAUGGUUUAGACGAGAGAAUGAAAUUGAUGUGAAUAAUUCCACAUACAUCUGUUCUUGUUUUGAUUCUUGAUUUAACAAUUGAAGAUUAUAUCUUAGAAAUGACUACCUUUUAUGCCUUAGAAAAUACUAGCUUUAUUUUCUUUGGGAAAUGUGACACAUGCCUUGUCAACAAUAAGUCUAUUGUGCUACAUGAAAAGUGCAGCUUGCAUUAGGAAUGUUGGGCACAUUCAGUUCCAACUCAUUAUUCAAAAUGCUGGCGUGUUUGUGGGAAAUACAGAAUAUUCUAAAUCUCUACAGUUUACUAGGAAAAUAAAUAUACAGGACAGUAGGACACAUUCUCCAUCACACUCUUAAAUGCCAUUCAAUCUCAAUAGUACUCUACAAGUCUGCAUUUGGAGCAUGUACUAGUGAUACGCGCUUUAAUUGUAGAUGAAAGGAAGACAUUGACCACUCAUCUUUUCGGGUACAGUGUAACUGCUGUACUUUAUUGCUUUGUUAAAUCAUUUUUAUAAAUCUCCCGCAAAACUCUUCAUUGUAAGUAAAUGUAAUAAUCAACCUUUUUAUUCAUAUGGUUACAUACACAAAAGUAAA